AUGACGGAGGUUACGAAUGAGAAUCUGCAGAUUCUUCUAACGAAGCUGAUGACGGAUCGCUUUUGCUCCGGUGAGACAAGCGACCUUGACGCAUGCAUUCAAAACUACGUGCCGCAACAAACGGAUAAUAGUUGGGUUAACCAGAGCCUGCAGCGUCGCGGCAUAAAGAGGUGUCAGCCAUAUCAAGACGUAGCAAGGCGGUGCCUGGAGGAUGAGAAGAAACAUGCGGCGGUUUUUAAGGCGGCGGCAAAUGCACCCGUCUGUAAAGAUGAGAUGCGGGUGCUGAAUCAAUGCCGACGUGUACGAGGGCGCAAUUGCGAGCAGGAGGCUCUUGAGAUGUUGUACUGCGGCAUGGUGUACCUCGUGCAGCGACAGAAGGAAAAACAUUAG